GCGCUUUGUUCAACAACUGUGCUCAACAGUUUAGAAACAUUGAUGGUAGUGAAGACAGGUUAUCAAAGACACAACUAGAAACAGAACGUAAAUGCCUAAUCCAAAUAUUUCAACCCAAGGUAAGGGGUUUAGGGCUGUUGCUUAGAUUCUUCCUUGAAAACGAAAGCGACAAUUUGUGACAAAUGAUUGCACGUACUUCGCGUGAAUCAAGGACGCCAUAUUUUUGAAGAACAACUGUAGCACUAAAAAACGGCGUUCAAGCUUGAGUCUUAGUACUUUUUAGUUUAUUCAACACUCAAGUCGAUUUAAAUGCAUCGAAGUAUCUCUAAAACACAAAAUGUUUCUGUACGAGCCAUCAAAAAGUGUUUCUACAUCCCGUUUUUUCAACGGAUUAAAACAGCUGAAAAUCUGUAGUUCCUUGGACAUUUGUAAACGAAGGCAACUUACGCGCGUUUUUUUUUCUUCAUAGUUUCUGCUUAUUAGUAAGUGACUGUAUAAAGGAAUCUAGAAAAUAUAUAGCCAAUGGUUUUGAUCUAAAGAUCAUUAGUUAUAAUGGCUUCUAAAACGUUGUGUGCGGCAGCCAGAGAGGUUUUUGAGUACUCCGUGUCCGGUGGUCAGAAAUUUUUGCAGUUUCCCCAGAGAGAUCCUAUUAAACUUCUUAAAGUGUCAGAUUUUUGUUUAGAAAUUCAAGGCGAUUUCCAAACACACCUAUUGUAUAUUUUUUGAAGUGGAUGAAUUUUCUGAGCUUGUGCAUACCCUAGAAUUGUUGGAUUUUUGACAAUUAGGGAACAUCUCUGACCUACUAAAAACCUGUCUGGCUGCGGGACAUGUUGACACUUAGCUUCUUAAAACCGCACACCUGAUUCAGAUAAAAUGCAUGAGCUGUCCCAACCACAAUUAUGUAAUGAGUACGCCCGUAAACAUGUCUACUCGCUGGUGUACUCUGUGGACUUUAUCUUGAGAAUUUCAAAGAUGUUAUGAACAUGCUUAGUUAUAACCAUUGACAAAUUGAGGAACGUAUCUUCCAUCUUGAAAGUUGAUAAUCUGACGAUGAAAUUAUCCUCUCCUUUCUUCUCAGACUGGUACUACCAUGCUCCUAGUAAGAGAGUGGCACAACCUGCAAAACCUGCUCCUGCUGCAUCACAGAUCCCUGGGAUAGGGGGACUCCCUGAUGAGUUGGCCAACCCCGAGGGUGAUGAUAGACAUUUCAGAAGGAAGUGGAUAAGGGACACAGACUCAAAGUAUAUAAAGCUUGCUAAAGGAGGAGGGCGAAAGAAUUUGUUGACAUUCCGCAGUCCACAAGUGAAGGCUGAGGAACCAGUUCCUUACCCACGAGUGGAAUGGUUUGAUCAUGAACAUCCAGAAGAAGAAGUGGAUGAAUCUAGUCAUGAAUUUGUAGUUCAAAAUGAGGAGGAAAAUAAAGAGAAAAAGCAAGGGUAAGCAUAGACACAUACAGGUAUUUGUGCAACAUGUCAACAAUUGUAUAAUAAGAGAACUUGAGUUGAUAGUGUAAAUCGGCCACCAUAAACUGACAUUUCAAGUGUUAGCCCUUCAUCAGAUGGUUAGCUUAUUAGCUCCAUCAAUGAAUCCCUCAAUACUAUGCAAACUUCAAGAUUCAACCAAUACCUUAACCCCCUAUAAGUGACUGGCUUCUAAUUUCUCUUUACAGUAUCACCUUUGAAUCAAAUGUAGAGGUCAUGAGAAUAACAAAAAUUAUCACCAAUUCAAGGAGCUCAUGAUUUUCAAACAAACUCUCCUUGUCAUUACUGUAGAAAAUGUAGAGAGAUCAGUGUGGAGCGUAUGAAUCUUAAUGUUAGAGUGUAACAAUUAAAUUGCAUCAAUUAAUCAGUUGGAGUCCUUGAAUCCAGGAACAAUAUCUUUUGAACAUUCUUUCAUGGGACAAGUGUAAAAUAUUUACUUUUACAAGUCUUUCAGCAGGUGGUCAAAUGAACAUGCAGUAAACCAACUCAAUGUGUUGUCUUUUCAGAUAUCAAGUCCUCCCAGAAUGGUAUGUUCACGUCCAUGAUGUGCCAGCAGAUGAUGAGAUUGUGACAGGUUCUUUUCGAUCCAAACGACCAAUAAUGGGAUUUGAUAAUCUUUCCAAAUGGCAACGGUAAGAAUUCUCAUAGUCAACAUUUACCAUGAAUAUUUCAAAGAAAAUGUUUAACCAUUCAAAACCUAGAAGUGACCAGCCUCAAAAUUCUCUCAACAACAAUACUGCUGAAUCAUUCUUUUAGAUUAUGAGAAUAAAGGAAAUGAUCACCAACUUAAGAAGCUUUGAUUGUCAUAGAAUUCUCCACAUCAGUACCAAUGGAAAUGUAUAAAGAAGUGUACAAAAAAUAUGAAUACUGAUGUUACUGUAAAAAGGUUAAAGAUAAAUGAUGUUUCCAUUGCAGGGACUCUAAAGAUGCAAAACAAAAUCCCAACAAUGUUAGACUUCCUCCUUUGAAGAAGAUUCACAAGGUGGAUAAAAGGUAUGAAGAACUGAAGGCAGCACAAAGAAUUGCACCUCAGGCUCAAGGAAGACACGCAAGGUUACCAAAAAUGUAAGUGAAAUUUAAUACUGUGGCUAAAAUGGAUUAUUCCCAAAUGACCUACACCAGACAGGAAAAUUCAUCACUUUCCUAACUAACAAUCUAAUCUGAGAGCAAAACCUAACCCAGCAGCUUGUUGUCCAUUGAUAUUUUAAUCCUCUGAGCCUUAAGGAUUGACUAACAUCUAAUAUUUUCUUAGCAACAUCAUCCCAGAAUCAAACAUUAACUCAUAACUCUCAAGGUCUGAUUGUUGAUUCUCACCUCUUGCUGUUAUACAUUCCCUUGUAAAUACUGUACCUUACAAGAAUUUGGUCUUAGAUCUAGAAAACAGCUUUUAUCUGAUAACUUUGAGUAUUCACAUUACAAGUUUGCAGGAUAAUGUGUGGAUAUUAUAGGGAGAAGUUACAUGUUAAUCACCUCUGGGAGUUAAAGGGUAAAGGUCACAAGAAUAAAGGAAAUGAUUACCAUUUAAAGAAGCCCUUGAUUGUUAAACAAAUUCUCCUUGUCAGCACCUCAGAAAAUGUAUAGAGAACAGUAUGGAGAAUAUGUAUACCGAUGUUGGGGUGUAAAGGGUUGAUGUACUUCAUGCAGUUUUCUCCUUAUCAUAUUUUCUUCUUCUCUAAUAAACCAUAAUUUUAGUUACCUUGGUAUUUUUAUUUUUAUAAAAAAUCAAUUGAAAUGAGCUAUAUAUUAUAUUUUUAGUGAAAAUGAACAGGUCGAUUUUAAGCAUUUGAUGUCCAUGGGUUACCAACGAGAUUGGUUGCAAGAACAGAAACAAAAGACAAAGGAAGAAAAAACAGAAAAAAAGGUUAGUUGAAUUGGGAGUUGUCUCCUUAUAAAACCCUCCCAAAACAUCUAUUUCCUCUGGCAAUUAAAUGGCUGUUGUUUAGUUUGUUUGUACAACUCUGGGUAACCAAACAACAAAUGAUUUAGUCAAGUUGACCCCAAAGAAGAUCUUGAAUGUUAAACAAAUUCUCCCUGUCGGAACCUAAGCAAAUUUAAAAAGAAAAAUGUGCAUGGAGACUAUAUGCCUACUGAUGUCUUGGUGAAAAGGGUUGAAAAUUAAAAAUAUUUUUGUCCAUAAAAUGCACCAGUUGGUAAAGUGAUUCUUUAAAAAAAAACAGUGUUACUUUUAAAUUUCACUACUAAUGUGGUUACUUCUUUUAAAGUAAUUAAGCCAGGAUUCUUUAACUGGAUUUAGUACAUACCAAAACAGUGUUUCUAUUCACCUCCAAGUAACUUACGCUGGAUUUGUACCCAAAAACAUCAUAAUUUUCACAGGAAUAAGUGACUUUUGUGCCACAUUGUCUCACUGUUUAAGUAUAUACAGAAACAGAUAUUCACCUCAGAGUUGGUGGCUAACAGUAUAUAUUUACUGGUACCUUGCUGCUUAGUGGCCUUGUAAAUAUCCAUCCCAGGCCACCUCCACUUUGGUAAAUAGUAGUUAAUAACUAAUAAUAGUCAUCAGUAGUAUCAAAUAUAGUACUUAGUUAAUAUUUUUUAUCUCUGUAGAAACAACAAGAGGAAGUCGAAGAUAAGCGAGAGAAACAACACAAUAAAGCUAUAAGGUAGGCUCAUAAACUGCUUAAUUUACAACACUACACCUUAGUAAAAAAGUAAACUGUUUACACUUGCUGUGAUUUGGUGACAUGGGACAGUCAUCAAAAGUAUUACUCAUUGUCUUAUCAUUAAUAAUGAAUUAAUUUUGUUUCCAGGAAACCAAACAAUGCAUCUGAUGGUGACAAACCUAUGUUCAAACUUAGCAAGUAAGUUUACUAAUGGUAACCAUUUUGAUUGAGGAGUAAUUUGUAACAUCACUUUUUUUGCAAAUAUCACUUAGUUUGUAUAAAUUUAAAUUCAUCAUGCAUUACUGAUUUUUUUGCAACUUAGGUUUGAAAGGAUACAACCCAGAGUGGAGAGUUUCCGGACUUGAACAAUCCCAGGGACUUCUGUGUGAUUCAUCAGAUGGAGAAAAGCUUUCUGCCUUUUAAAAAUACUUCAGGUCAGGAGGGCCCUCAAUAAUAUUGUCAGUGAAACAAACCAAUUACUUUACAGCACGAGGGAAUAAAAAAGGGAGAAUCUAGCUGACAUGCAAGCCAUCAAAACAUUUACAUAAAGAGUUUUAUUUAAGACAACUUCAAGAGUGUUUAAAAUUCGAUUUUAGAUACAAAGCUUUGUGCAAAAAGUUGAACAAAGAUAUUGAUGUUAUUUAAGGUGCUUUUAGUAGCACACUAGUUAACUGUGUGUUUUGCAUCAAGUUAUUAUGGGAAAAAUUCAUUUUGAACCAAGAUUACCAUUACCUAAUGAGAUUUUAGGAAAAGUGUCACUAGUGUUGUCCAGAGAUUUUAAAUAACCAGCCAUAAAAUAGCUCUUGUCAGUAAGGGUCUAACUUCAUUCCAGAUCAAGACAAGCAUUCUACCACUUAGUCUUAUCAGAUUAAUGGGCACUGAUGAAAUGAGUGACCAGUAUAAGCAGUGGCCUUAGGUGCUUCUCAAGAACACUGCAUUAUAUUUAAAAUCUGAUUUAUAUUGUGGAUAAGCUAGAGGGUUCAUAGAGGGAUCUUGAGGCAAACAGAUGCAUGAAUAUUGAUUCAUAAAGAGUGAAUGAUAUACACAUGUAAAUUUUUAUGACAUUCUGAUGAGUGUUGAGCUAAAUUGCUCUGUAAAUGAUUGUACAAACUAACAUGAACAUUGCUAUCAAAGUCAUAUGAUUUAGAGUAAAGUUGCAUGAUCACAAGUCAUCAUUGUGUAUAAAAAGUACUUGUAUUAUUUAUUACAUUAUAUAACACAUACAUGACGUUUUAUUCAUUUGUGAAUCAUUUGGGAGAAUGAAAAUAAAAACUUCUCAGAAUUUGUGACCACUGUUUGUGAACCUGCCAAGACAUUGCCUGUAAUAGAACUGACUUUUCCAACUACCGAUACACAGCAUGACACAUGUAGG